AACUAUAUAUACAUACUACAUACACAUAGCGCAUAGCGUUACAGACGCCAGCCCCCUCCCCCCUCCCACACCACCAACGCCGUACCUAGCGCACAAUCAACAAUCCAUCUUCCGUCCCUACUCCCGGCGAUCGAGAUGAUGCAGUACGCCAUGGAUCCCUACGCGGGCGCCUUUGCUCGACCUCCGCCAACCGGCUUCUUAGGCGUCGGAUCCUGCGCUCGGGCCGCCAACAGGCCUGCUCGUCGACCACCGCCUCCAAGCUUCUUCGGCAUCGGAUCUUGCUUCCGCCCGGCUGCCGACGUGCCAGCUCGUCGACCUCCGCCUCCCGGUUUCUUCGGUGCACGCCGUCCCAGGGUGCUCCCGCCAGCGCCGUGCGAGGUACCCAUGCCACCAAAGUUCUCAAAGCCCACGGCGCCGGCACCAGCGCCGGUUUCCUGCGUCGCCGCCGCCUCCACAAAGCUUCAGCGGCUGUGCCCUGACUACGCAGACGACAUCGACCACAACCUCCGGUUGACAGAGAAGAACGCCGAUGAGCGGCCGCUACCGGACUACCUGACGAAGGUGCAGCAGGAUCGGGUGACCGAGUCAGCGCGCGCCUCCCUCGUCGGAUGGAUGGACAAGUUCGCCCGAGACCAUGAUCUCGCCGACGGCACGCUCCACCACGCCGUCGCCUACGUCGACCGGGUCCUGUCGGUGCGAGCCUUGACGACUGACAGUGGCUACGAGCUACGACUCCUGGGUGCCGCGGCCGUCUUUGUCGCCGCCAAAUACGAGGACCGGAAAGCCGUGUGGAAGCUGAAGGCCGACCAGAUCGCCAGGUACGGCGAGUUCGCCGCGGGCAAGGAGGUGCUCGACAUGGAGCGCGAGAUGGUGGAGGCGCUCGGGUACCAACUCGGCGGCCCCACGGCGCACACCUUCCUGGGCCACUUCAUGAGGUACGCCGAGGGGGAGGACAAGACCAGGAUCCUGCCAUUGGCGACUCGCCUCGUUGAUCACUCUCUGCUCAACUACACGUGCCUCCGCAUCUUGCCGUCCGUCGUGGCGGCGUCCGCGAUCUUCCUCGCGAGGCGGACCCUGAAUCCGCCCGACGUCCUCGCGUGGAACACGGAGCUGACGGAGCUGACGGGUUACAACUGCUCGGACAUGACAGCCUGCGUGCUUAAUAUGUUCUUCUUCUCGCGCUCGCUCAUCUGUAGCCCUCCUUCUUGAUCAUCGAGGAGACUCACCAAGACAGAGCAGUUUUGUUACAUAUAUCAAUUGUAUAAUAAUCUUGUGGAAGUUCGUUGUAAUGUUCAUGUAUACCUGUCUGAAAUUAAUAUGCAUGUAUCGUCUGUGUUUGGCAUGCAUGCGUGAA